GUUUUGCGGUGCUCAAUGGAAACUGGGCUCUUUUAACCCAUAUUGCACAAGCUGUCAAAACUCGUGAGACAGGCGAGACGAGACGCUCCAAGGUGGAACACAUUUCGGUUGCGGAAUUCAUCCUGUCUUACACGGCCAAACAUGGCAAGUCGACUAGUGCGACCAGCCCUUCAGCAAUCGAGGCUUCAAGUGCGUUCUUACAAUGGCUCCACUUCCUCCAAGCCAGCUAAAGAUGGCUGCCACAUCGUUGACAUGCGUAGUGACACCGUUACAAAACCAACAGCAGCCAUGCGACAAGCCAUGGCCUCUGCCGAAGUUGGUGAUGAUGUCAUGGGCGAAGACCCUACAGUAAAUGAACUUCAAAGACGAUGUUCAGCCUUGUUUGGAACGGAAGAUUCUCUCCUUGUACCAUCGGGUACUAUGGGCAAUCUAAUUUCAGUGAUCAGCCAUUGUCAGGGGAGAUUCCAGGAAGCCAUAUUGGGUGAUGUGUCACACAUGUUUCUGUAUGAAGUGGGCAGUAUAGGACAGUUUGCAGGGGUACAGUGUUCCCUGGCACCCAACCAGCCGGAUGGUACGAUCCUUGUAGAGGAUAUCCGCAAGCGUGUCCGGCCCACGGACGAUGAUCACCAGCCAUGGACCAAGCUUAUUUGUCUGGAAAAUACCCACAACAAGUGUGGGGGCAAAGUAUUGCCACUGAAUUAUAUGGCAGAGGUGAAGAAGCUAGCGAUGGAGUUUAACGUGAAGGUACACCUUGACGGAGCCAGGCUGUUCAAUGCAGCCUCAGCGCUGGAGGUUCCCGUCUCUAACAUUGUACAACAUGUGGACUCAGUCAGUGUUUGUUUCUCAAAGGGUCUUGCAUGUCCAGUUGGAUCAAUCCUUGCAGGAACCAAAGACUUUAUAUACAUGGCACGGAGAACGAGAAAAGCUCUGGGAGGUGGUAUGAGACAAGCAGGUAUUCUCGCUGCAGCCAUGCUAACAUCCCUUGACACAAUAGUGCCUCGCCUCCAUGAAGACCACGCCAGGGCAAAGAGGCUAGCUGCAGGUAUCAUGGCGUCCCCAUCAAACAAAGUGGUUGUUGUUGACGUUCCUGGGGUACAGACCAACUUGUUUAUGAUGGAGAUUACCAAGUCAGGACUAACUCCAGACGAACUGUGUCAGAGGAUGAGUGAGGUUACUGAUGCUGAGAGGGACAAACUGGGAUACAGCGUAUCAGCUCUAAUGCUGCCAUUUUCAGAAAUGGGUAUCCGUCUGGUCACCCACAAUGACAUCACUGACGAGGAUGUGGACCGCACCAUCAGCAAGUUUCAAUACGUCCUUGCAGAACUGUCGCAGUGAUAAUGAAACAUGAUAGUUCAGAAACAGCAGUGCCGUAUUUUAUUUGAGGUAUACAGUCAGAGAUUCACCAUGUAAUACCUUCUUCAUUCUUGUACAUUUGUUUUGUUGACAGUAUUCCACCUUAUCACUCAGGG